CGCCAAAAAAGGGCCUCGUCAAUAACGUGUACGCGCUUCAGGGCAAACAGUUGUGAUCUUGCUGUGGCGGUGUCCUAGCCGCUCCACGAUGCAGUUGAUGGCAUAAAAUGGAUCCAAGAAAAGCAUUUUUAUUACAAGAAACUUAGCAGUACUGGAAUGUAAUGUUAUUUGGGGAAAAGGCUAUUUUUAAGGGCUGAAGUUGAAGACUGGAUAUUUUUUACGGCUUCUUUUAAAACAAAGGAAAUGAAUUUAUUGCGAAUAAUUGUAACUUUGGCGACAUUCGCGUGUGGCUCAUACGCGGCUUUAGAUGACGCCAAAAAACCUCCGCAUAUCAUCAUGGUGGUGGCAGAUGAUUUGGGCUGGGAUGAUAUCAGCUUUCACGGCUCACCCCAGAUCCCCACGCCAAACUUGGACGCGCUUGCAAACAGUGGCGUGAUCUUGAAUAACUACUACGUGUCUCCCAUGGACACCCCGUCACGUGCGUCGUUCAUGACGGGAAAGUACCCCAUCCAUAUGGGUGUGCAACAUGACACACUGCACAACAGGCAGCCCUUCGGGGUGCCGCUAACCGAGAAGUUUCUCCCGGAGUUUUUGAGAGAGAUGGGCUACCAGACACAUGCUGUCGGCAAGUGGCAGCUGGGGUUCUUCGCCAAGGAGUACACGCCCACCUAUAGGGGAUUUGACUCGUUCUUCGGCUUCUGGACCUCCCAUGAAGAUUACUACAAUCACGUGGCCAAUGACGGCGGCUACGGCAUCGACCUCAGGAGGAACUUGGAUGUCGUGUAUAACGAGACAGGCGUAUACGGUACGGAGCUUCUCGCUCGAGAAGCCGACGAAGUAAUCGAGAAUCAUUCGGGAGACAAGCCACUGUUCCUGUACCUAGCACAUCAGGCUGUGCACGUCGGGAAUAUGGACGAGCCGCUCCAGGCCCCUAAGCGUCACGUGGACAAGUUUAAGUACAUCACGGAUGAACGCAGAAGGACAUUCGCCGGAAUGGUAUCCUCCCUUGACGAAUCCAUGCGCCAGCUUGUAACAUCACUCAAACGCAAAGGCUUGUACCAAAACUCCAUAAUUAUCUUCACCACUGACAACGGUGGCGCCGCUGGUGGACUAGACAUGAGCGCGGGCUCAAACUUUCCCCUGCGCGGUAACAAGAACACCCUGUGGGAGGGUGGGGUGCGUGGUGUGGCAUUUGUCCACAGUCCUCUUAUCAAGAGACCCGGUCGAGUCUAUGACGGGCUGAUGCACGCUAGCGAUUGGCUGCCUACUCUUCACCUAUUGGCCGGCGGGAGUCCUAAACUCCUCGGCCAGAUUGAUGGCUACGACCUUUGGGAUGGCAUCUCAAAGGGAACCCCCAGCCCUCGAUACGAGGUCCUCCACGGAAUAGACACCAUGCAAGGCAACCGCGCCGCGCUCCGUGUGGGAGACUACAAAGUCAUCCUGAACCAAGAUCUUAAGUUCUACAGCGACUGGUACAAACGCCCUGAGGGAGAACACGAGCUAGAUUACAUCCGUAAGCCUAGGCUGCUAAGCAACGCUACUGUAGAUUGCACCAUUAAGUCUCCUCACCCCUUGCUUUAUACGCAUGCGCCGUUGUGCAACCCCCAGAAAAAGCCCUGUUUGUUUAAUAUUAAGUGGGAUCCCUGUGAGUACCAUAAUCUUGCCGCGUUCAUGCCUAACACCCUCAAGGUCUUGCUGGAUCGCUUGAAGUUUUACGCAGAGGGAAUGAAGCCUGUCAUCUAUCCGCGGGCUGAUGACUUGGCAAAUCCAGACCGGCUGGGUGGAGUAUGGACUCCGUGGAAAGACGACCCUAAUAUCCCUAACACUGAGCACGACUACAUUUAUCCUCUCAGCUACGAGGACCAGGCGACUAACGCGUCGGGCUGGAUCAUGAACAAGAACUUACGUAAGUUCAUGAGUGAUCAAAUUACCAAGAAGCUAGUGUUCGCCAACACAAGUCAAAGUAAUAAGGCGGCGGAUAAGGUCCAAAGUGCUACGAAUGUCGUGUCGGUUAUGAGCGCACCCCCUGCUUACGUACCUCCGACGUCUGCUCCACCCGCGCAGACACAAGUAACAGAUACAUAUAGUACACCUGCGCAGACACAAGUAACAGAUACAUAUAGUACACCUGCACAGACAACAGAAACACAGAACUACAAUGCACCUGUUGAAACAACGCAGUCUCCAGAAACAACCGUUCCGUACAAUGCCGAAAUGCACACGACAGAUUCAUAUCAAACUACAGAAGCAAACGACCGACAGUCACAAACCACAGAGGCGAACACACCUCCGUCACAAACUACAGAGGCGUACACACCUCCGGCACAAACUACAGAGGCGAACACACCUCCGGCACAAACUACAGAGGCGAACACACCUCCGGUACAAACUACAGAAUCAUACAACACACCAACAGAGACCACAGCUCUUCCUUAUCAAGAAACGUCUACUGAAUCCUCCACAACAGCUCAACCGACACAGCCCCCUACUUUCGCGCCAAGUAUCGCACCCACACAGCCGCCCACGCCUAAACCGCCAACGACUGAACCCAACUUUGAUAUCAAAGUUGACUUUGGUCAGCAGCAGAGCGUUGCGAACGCCGGCGGUGAUCUACUUAAACCUGUCGUUCCAAGUCCAUCUAAUCCCGCCUUGCCCAACUUGGGCGACACAUUUAUGAACACUGCGUCUAGUACACAGAUCCAGGAGGUGUCUAAAGUGGAGAAACCUUUCCAUGCAAUGUCGAAGGUCUAUCCAUUCUCAGCAGAUCAGCUGGAGAAGCAGGAGAGUAAGGUUCCAGAGAUUCUGGACAUUAUAGACGAGAGCAAGAGCGCAGCUAAGCAAGUGGGCGAAACUGCGAAUGGUCAAGCAAGCAUCCCUAAGAUCUUUGAUAUCAUUGAUGAGAUGCACAACAAUAAGACCACUGCGGGCGUUAAGGGGCCAACAGCAACUAGCAAACCACUGACCAUCAGCGACGUGGGUUCAGGCAUGGGAGUAGGCCUUAACAAGCUUCCAAAUGGUAUCUCUGUGUUCGGUAAACUUGGCGACAAGUUACUGAACAACAGGCCGUCCUCUAUCGCCAGACCAACCAAGAACUACGUCUAUCCAAAGCCUACACAGGCGGCAGAUGUACAUCGCCCGCAUACCUUCUUUGGCAACAUCACUAUCGAAGGCCGCACUUACUUCGUUGUCGGAAGCGAAAGUGAUGAGCUAGCGAUGGUCAAAACUAAACUUGUCGGCGACAAAAUCGUCGUGCACGUCCCUAAGGACGCCGCAUCCGAGACAGGCCGCGGUAAAUCCAGAAUCGUCAACGAGAAACACCACGGUUACAGCUCUAUGAAAGAUUACAUAGAGGACGGCGAUGAUGAUGAUGAUGACGUCACCGACAAGAAACCGCUGGUCAAAUCUCUGGCGGCGCACAACAUCACGACUGUGCCGUACAAUGGCGCAAAUGGCACCAAGUGUGAGAAGGUGGUGCAGCUAGACACCUCUGAUAACGCUGUCGUGGUGUCUUCUGUUGUAAUUGUGGUCAUUGCAUCGGCGAUGGUUGUGGGUGUGGCUGUGGUUGCCAUGGUAGCGGUGGUGGCUAGGCAUUGUCAGAAUGCGAGGCGCGAGAGUUAAUUCACAGGGAUCCCACAUGUUUCUAAACAUGAUUUGAUGGCUGCAUGGAACCGUAAAAAACUUUUGAUUUUACACGGAUUUAUAAACCAUGUAGCUAGUUUUUAAUUGGAACUAAAGAAUAGAUAAGAUAUACACUAAAAUUAUAUUUUGUAAUUUAAAGUGGCGAGCUCUUGUAGUUUGGCAAUUAUUUCGAUUAUUUUUUUGUACAAAACUAUUCUCUCCCGAUAUUGAUUUUAAUAUACUCAUUAAAUUCUGUUUGUCAGAUAUUUAAAAGGAGCCUGAUAUAGACUGCUAGUAGUUGUGAAAAAUUCAUAGACACUGUUUAUAACUAAUUAUAGUAGCAUUGUGUUUUUAAACUUUUCAAUUUCAACGUGUGUAAUCAAGGUAGACGGCAAUGGGAUUUCUCGUGGCGACGGAACUCCAUAUAAGGGAUAUAACUAAGACGGUAUUUUCAAGAGCCUUUUAUAGCCGCCAUUUUGUCAUCCUAAAAAAAUGCCAAGUGUGAAAAAGAAUCCAUCUUCCUUGGCUGAUCUUUGCUUUAAGGUGUUUUUGACAAAGGCUAAUGGUCAUUCCCUUGACAGGAAAUGCGAAUAAGUCUGUUAGAUCAAUAUCGACAAUGGUCAUCAUAACUAAUAAUAGUCCAUUGAUAUUAUUACUAAUGUCAUUUACUUUUCAAGUUAUGAUUUUAAAUUUGAUUCUUCUGUUAGGAGCUGAUUCUAAUAAUAAAUUUAUCAAACUAGAAAAUAGUUGUACAGACAUUUCAAAAGAGCAAUAAACGCCAUAGAAUUUUA